CGGAAGUACUUCAGUGUCUGUCUUCUUUGGUGGUUUUGUUUCCUCAGACGUCUUUCGUCGAAGACGUCCGUUAAUUUUACUAAGUUUUAGCUUUGCAUUUACUCUAUUUAGCCGCUUUUUGUUAACUUUCCCCGCGAUGAUUGAACCUCUAAAGAGACCCGGAGACAUGGCGAUGGUUCCCACUGCGCUGAAGCGGCCACGGAUGGAGCUAGUAGCGGCGGCUCAGUCUCAGCAGCUCGUGGCCACGGGCCAUCCACGCACCUCCAGCAUGCAGGCUCCCAUCAUGUUGAUGUCUGGCCAUGAGGGGGAGGUCUACUGCUGCAAGUUUCACCCCAAUGGAGCUGUGUUGGCCUCUUCAGGAUUCGACAGACUCAUAUUGUUGUGGAACGUGUAUGGAGACUGUGAGAAUUACGCCACCCUGAAGGGUCACAGCGGAGCGGUGAUGGAGCUGCAUUAUAACACAGAUGGCAGCUUGUUGUUUUCAGCCAGCACGGACAAGACUGUUGGCGUGUGGGACAGCGAGACAGGUGAGAGGGUCAAACGUCUGAAGGGACACACCUCCUUUGUUAACACCUGCUAUCCAGCUCGCCGAGGUCCUCAGCUGGUCUGUACAGGAAGCGACGACGGGACGAUCAAGCUGUGGGACAUCCGCAAAAAAGGAGCCAUCCACACCUUUCAGAACACCUACCAGGUUCUGGCCGUGACGUUUAACGACACCAGUGAUCAGAUCCUGUCUGGAGGCAUCGACAACGACAUCAAGGUGUGGGAUCUGCGACAGAACAAGCUGAUCUACAACAUGCAUGGACACGGGGACUCUGUAACCGGGCUCAGCCUGAGCUCCGAGGGGUCAUACCUUCUGUCGAACUCCAUGGACAACACUGUGCGAAUUUGGGACGUGCGGCCGUUUGCACCCAAGGAGAGGUGCGUGAAGAUUUUCCAGGGUAAUGUUCACAACUUUGAAAAGAACUUGCUGAGGUGCUCCUGGUCCACUGAUGGCAGUAAAGUAGCCGCAGGAUCAGCCGAUCGAUUUGUGUACAUCUGGGACACCACGUCUCGCAGGAUCCUCUACAAGCUGCCGGGCCACGCCGGUUCUGUUAACGAGGUGGUGUUUCACCCAGAGGAGCCCAUAGUGCUGUCUGGCUCCAGUGAUAAACGUCUGUACAUGGGUGAAAUCCAAUAAGGUGUGUGUGUGUGUGUGUGUGUGGGUGUGGGUGGGGCGGGGUCUGCCUGUCUCUCAAGCUUUAGUUAAGACUAAACUUGUGUUUUUUACAUAUUUCUUUUGAAUAAAUGUCAUUAUUCUAUAAAA